AGCCCAGCGCCCCCCAACCCCCCCCCCCCCCCGCCGCCAUGUCCCUGUCGGGGCCCGGCGGUGCCUUCGCGGAGCGCUCCGUGGCCGUGCUCUGCUGCCGCUUCUGCCGCCACGUCCUCAGCUCCCGCGGCAUGCGGGCCGCGCUGCUCGCCGCCACCGGCACCGCCCCCGACCUGUACUCCACGGACAUCCCCCCCACCGCUACUGUUGACUUCAUCGGCAGCUGCUAUUUUACUGAAAUCUGCAAAUGCAAGCUGAAGAACAUCGCGUGUUUGAAGUGCGGUAAUGUUGUUGGUUACCAUGUGAUCUCUCCCUGCAAACCUUGCCUGUUGUCCUGUAAUAAUGGCCACUUCUGGAUGUUUCAUAGCCAAGCAGUCUUUGGCAUCAACAGACUAGACUCUUCUGGUGUGAAUGUAUUGCUCUGGGGCAACUUGCCAGAUUUGGAGGAAAACACAGAUGAAGAUACGUCAUGCAUCUCUGAGGAGGAGUAUAUCAGAUAGCAUUUAUCUACAAUAUACUACAGUAUCUUCCCUAGAUACGUUCCAUUGCUGUUUGUUUUGGACUUGUCUUCCUGCUGGCCCAUCACAGCUUAAACAAUGGAGGGAACCAUGAAAUCUGGAAAAGAAUCCUGUAAGAUGUCAUCUUCUGUCGCUGCAGCGUGCCUUAAACUCUUGCAUCUGCCUUGUGUGUAUCAUUCUGACUGGAGACAUGCUCUGAACAGAUCUGAAUGUCAGAUAUUAGAGAUGCAGAUGGCAGGUGCACUUACUGAGGUCUAGGUCUGGUUUGUUCUUACACUUAAGUUUCAACAGUUGACAUGCCUGCUUAACUGUAUUUUUCUUCUUUGCUCCAUGAAUACUGUUUUAGUAAAGUCUUUUACAUCCUGUAAGUACAGCUUAAAAAUCUUGAAAAAUAGUCAGUUUUGUUGAUGGAUGAUGCUCUGAAGCACCAUUGCUUAAGUAGUCACACAGACCAUUCGCUGCCCAGAGCUUUCAUUCUGAGUGUACAGAGUCGCUGAACAAGUGUCUUGAAGUGUCAUAGCUUUGGCUUUAUUGUCUUGGUCUCUUACUUCUAGCAGCUUGUUCUCUAGGCAUCUGAAACACGUUAGGAUGCUCCUGAAUGUGGAGUGGGGAGCUGUCUUUCUGAGUCUUCCGGUCUUCAUCUUUCCGUACUUUUAGGAUCAUGUUUCUGCAAAGAUCAAGUUCCGUUUUUUUUUUUUUUCCACCUUCCCCCCAGUAAAAUCUAAAUACUGAAGUUUGUUAAUGUCUAAUGUGACUUUGGGACAACUACCUACUAGAGUAGUUAAGACCAGCAAUAAAACCCAUCCAGGUUUGUGUGUUAUUUUUCCACCUGAUAGGAUAGGCAUUUUUCUAAAACAGAACUUAAUCAUCCAAUUGUGUCUCUUUCUAGAAUGAGAAAAAAAAUCAAAUCAAAUAUUCAGUGUUUGUGCCUAGCCUUACAUCCUGAAGCAUAGAGACAAUCUCAUUCCUCUAAGCAGUAAUGGAUGUAAAGUUCAUUACCGGAGUUGUUAAGUCAUAGUAAUUAAUUUAUGAACUAAAUACUGUCCCCUUCAGCUAGUCAACUGAAGGAUCAUAUUUGGAAAAUUCAUGUUACGGUCAUAUAAGAGAACUGGCAACACUUCCAAAGUUGGAUUGAUACUGAAUUAAUCAUUCUAUAGCCUCUCCUGCUACUUUGAAGAGUAUCAGGAGAGAUGCUUUGAAGACAGAUCUGACUUUUCCUAGUAUUUUUACUGUACUGCAUUUUUAUAUUUCUUCACGGUGCUACCUCUUCUGUGUUGUUUAAAUGUAUAUUUGUGUGUAUAUAUGUGUGUGCGUGCCAAUGUAUAGAUAUGUCUUGUUUGGAUUUCCUGUAUUAUGUUUGCUCACUAAAUAAAAGGUUUGGACUAUGUACUUCUCUAUGGGCUGUAAUAUGGAUAUAUAAUGAUAUCAGUUAGAUAAUGAAAACAAUGGAGCAGUAUCUUGUAUCAGAAUUAGGUUGAAUUAUUAGGUUCUUCCUACUGUGACUUUGUUUCAGAGACCAAAAAAAUCCCUUUCUCUUGGUUGAGAACUGUCAGCUUCUCAGUCUUAAGGGUGUUUAGUUAGUUAACUUCUGUAAUAACCAAACAUCCCCCUUCUUGACGGUUUUCUAUGCUGCAUGAAUUUUUUUUAUGCUAUACAGUAAGCUGGCAAGAUGACACUAAACACAAAGAUUUUUCUAACUGAAUUCAUGACCUAAAAAUACAUCUGAUGCUGUUUCUUUUUGUAUAAGGAACAUAAUUCAAAAAAAAAAUCCAUAAUAGAAUUCUGCUUUGUAAGCUCACCACUUUUAACCUUCCAAAACCUCACCUUUUGUCAAUGAGUGGGUUCUGUCAAUGGCAGGGUUGACUAGUGAGCUGUUCUCUUUACCCAUAGAGUAGUAGAGGACUGAAAUUUCUUCACAACAAGUCAUUAAUUCUCAAUUUGCUCUCUAUCUGUUCUUGCACAUAGAACUGGAAGUUCUACUGUGAACUACUUUAAUUACACAGGCCUGUUUGAGCUGGUUCUUCACAACUAGACAGCAGCUUGAAAUAAAAAAUGAGCCAACUCUG